CUAUCGUUUACGAUCUAAUUAGCAGACGGCUCGUUAGAGCUCCUCCUUUCUUGAGACUUCGAAACCCUAGCCGCCGUGGUUUCUUCGCAAGCGUUUUCCUGAAAAUUUUGCCGCGAUUUUAAGAACGAUUUUCCUCAACGUUUUCUUAAUCGCGACCCCGAUUUGUUUUUGUUUUUCAAUCGAUUUUUCCAACUAUUUUUACAAAAUCUUUCGUUUUAAAUCAAAUAUCAAAUCGAUCCGAUCUGAGGAUGUCGAGGUGCUUUCCUUAUCCUCCACCCGGCUAUAAGAUUGCAAGGAGCAAUGAAGAAGCAGCCUUGAUCGAAUCGAUUAAGCUCCAAAAGGAGAGGGAGAAGAAAGCCAGAGCAGACAGUAAAGAUGAGAAGAAGAGGGAAAAGAGAGAGAAGAGGAAGGAAAGGAAAGAAAGGAAAGAGAAGUCGAAACAAAAGUCUAGUGAACCUGCUCAGUCGGACAAAAGACCCAAGAUUGAAACAUCCCAGUCCAAAGGUGGUGGGUGUAUUGAAAAAAAGAGAUCCCCUGAUUCUGAGCAAUUAGAAAGGAGCAACCUCACUGAGGAAUUUGGUCAUGCUGUUUGUUCAGACUGCCCAAACAAUUCUUCUGACAGCACUCAGAACAGCAAUAAAAGGAAAAAGAGUUCUUGCCCACCAAAUGUGACCCGUACCCAUGGAAAUGUGUUCAAGAUCCGGCUUCCUUUACAGAAGCAAAACAACCAUGAUUCUACUUCUCUAGCUCAAGCUGAAGAGAUUUGUUCAACUUCGGGUCGAAUUGAUUUACCUGUACAACCCAAAUGUGAAUUGUCAUCUACUGUUUGUGUCCCGCGAGAUACCAUUGACAAGAUUUCACCAUCUGCUCCAAAAUCCAAACAAGUGACAGAGACGCCUAUGCAAAGAGAAGAAAUGCAGUACAGGGAUUUAAUAGAGAAAUUGAUUCCGUCUGGAUUGAGCGACACUCUUGAUUGCAGUGAUGAUGAAGAUUGGUUAUUCAAGGGAAAGUGUGAUGAGAGUGAGAUGAGAUGUGCGAAGAAGAUGAAGCCUAUGAAGAGCUCCUAUGAGUUGUGCAGUGCAACGGCUUUGAGAGCCCCUUGUGCCCAGUUUUUGCAGGAUGUGGGAAUAUAUGCGUUGCCAUUCACUAUUCCUUUUUGAGUCGUGUAUGAAAACGUUAGUCCUGUAAUGAAUGCUAUACUGACAGCAAAGAUUUUUUUUGCCACUGGUUGAGGUGUAUAUUUAUUUAUUUAUUGGGGUUUGAUGCUGCUGCUAAGUACGUGUUUUAGGCCCCUUUGACAAAAUAGCAUUUCUAAAAUGGUUAGGAUGGUUAGCAACUUAGGAUUUGAGCAAAUUAACUUUUUCUGAUAGCAUUUGCAGUGUUUUACGGCUUUUACGUGAACUUGGAUUCUAACAGUUAGAAAAUGUCUAGUAAUAAACAAUCUAAAUGUUUCUAUUA